GAGCAGGGCGGAGCCUGCGCGCCCUCCGGCUCGCUCUCCCGCGCCGCCCGCGCUCCCGCACAUCCCCGCCGCCCUGCACACCGGCCUGGGCGCCCGGCCCCGCCUCCGCCGCCGCCGCCGCCGCCGCCGCCAUUCCUGCGCCCGCGCCGCCGCCCCGCCGGGACCCACCGCGCCAGGGCAACGCUUUCUGAAGACUUCCUCCUAGACGACUGGCAAGUUCCCACAGGACACAGAUUUCUCUGGAAGGUCGGGACGAAGCCCACUGUUCAAGAACAGGAGGCCACUGACGUUGGCAGAGGCGAGAGCCACCGGACCCCCCAAGCGUGCUGAGAAAUGUGGGUCCUCAGGGCUCACGGUGCCCGUCGGCUCCAGGCCGUGCGGCGGGUCAGGGCCCUGGGGCUCUGAGUGACCCACCGGACACGCGCAGCGGCCUCGCUGCCCACAGGCACUCGCUGCUGAAGCCCUGCACAGCCCCUGCCCAGGAGGAUGUGUGCCCGCACGGGGGGGCCGCUCACCGCCCUCGCCAUGGUGUUCGGGGCAGCCGUGGCAUUUGCACCCAUGCCUAGGAUCACCUGGGAGCACGCAGAGGUGCAGCUGGCGCAGUUUCACCAGCCCGGCAUCUUCAACUACUCGGCCCUGCUGCUGAGCGAGGACGAGGACACCCUGUACGUGGGCGCCCGGGAGGCCGUGUUUGCUGUGAGCGCACGCAACGUCUCCCAGAAGCGGCACGAGGCAUACUGGAAGGUCUCAGAAGAUAAACAAGCCAAGUGCGCAGAAAAGGGAAAGUCAAAACAGACCGAGUGUCUCAACUACAUCCGAGUGCUCCAGCCGCUUGGCACCGCUGCCCUGUACGUGUGCGGGACCAAUGCCUUCCAGCCGGCCUGUGACCACCUGGACCUGACGUCUUUUCAGUUUCUGGGGAGAAACGAAGACGGCAAAGGAAGAUGUCCCUUUGACCCGGCACAGAGCUACACGUCUGUGAUGGUCGACGGAGAGCUUUACUCUGGGACGUCAUACAACUUUUUGGGAAGCGAGCCCAUCAUCUCCCGGAAUUCCUCCCUCAGUCCUCUGAGAACGGAGUACGCGAUACCUUGGCUCAACGAGCCCAGCUUUGUCCAUGCCGAUGUGAUUCGAGCGAGCCCGGAAGGCGCCGAGGGCGGGGACGACAGGGUCUACUUCUUCUUCACGGAGGUGUCUGUGGAGUACGAGUUUGUCUCCAAGUUGAUGAUCCCCAGGGUCGCGCGGGUGUGCAAGGGGGACCAGGGCGGCCUGCGGACCUUACAGAAGAAGUGGACCACCUUCCUGAAGGCCAGGCUGCUCUGCUCCAGGCCGGACGGCAGCCUCUUCUUCAACGUGCUGCGCGCCGUCUUCGUCCUCAGGGCCCCGGACCUGAAGGAGCCCGUGUUCUAUGGGGUCUUCACCCCGCAGCUGAACAACGUGGGGCUGUCGGCCGUGUGCGCCUACAACCUGUCCACGGCCGAGGCGGUCUUCUCCCGCGGGAAGUACAUGCAGAGCGCCACCGUGGAGCAGUCCCACACCAAGUGGGUGCGCUACAGCGGACCGGUGCCCUCGCCCAGGCCCGGGGCGUGCAUCGACCGCGAGGCGCGGGCCGCCAACUUCUCCAGCUCUCUCAGUCUGCCCGACAAGACGCUGCAGUUCGUCAAAGACCACCCUCUGAUGGACGACUCUGUGACCCCGACAGGCAACCGGCCCCGGCUGGUCAAAAGCGGUGUGAACUACACCCAGAUUGUGGUGGACAGGACCCAGGCCCUGGACGGGACUGUGUACGACGUCAUGUUUGUCAGCACAGACCGGGGCGCCCUGCACAAGGCCAUCAGCCUGGAGAGCGACGUCCACAUCAUCGAGGACACACAGCUCUUCCAGGACCUGGAGCCAGUUCAGACCCUGCUGCUGUCCUCCCAGAAGGGAAGAAGGUUCAUCUAUGCCGGUUCCAACUCGGGCGUGGUCCAGGCCCCGGUGGCUUUCUGUGGGAAGCACAGCACCUGUGAGGACUGCGUGUUGGCCCGGGACCCCUACUGCGCCUGGAGCCCGGCCACGGCCGCCUGCGUGGCCCUGCACCAGACCGAGAGCCCCCGCAGGGGUCUGAUCCAGGACAUGAGCGGGGAAGUGUCCGCUUGCCCCGCCUCAUCUCCUAUGCCCUCCCCUCCUCCGGGGUCCUCCUCCCUGUCCUGUCUGGGCCCCGACUCGUCCUCCUCUCCCCGAAGCCCCUGGCUGGCCCCGGGCUCUGGGCCUGACGGCCGCCUGCGGGUCACCUUGCUGCCGCCCUUCCUCAGCGACCAGGCCCAGCACGUGCCUGCCCUGGGGACCUUCCACCUCUUCUGCCAGGCCACAGGUCCUGCGGAUGUUCACUUUGUCUGGGAGAAGAAUGGGCGCGAACUGGAGACGUGUGUCCCCGUGCAGACCCACGCGCUGCCGGACGGCAGGGCCCACGUGCUCAGCUGGCUGCGGGACGCCGUCCGCGAGAGCACCGAGUACCGCUGCUCCGUCCUCUCCUCGGCGGGGAGCCAGACCUCCCGGGUGCGGGUCGCCGUGCUGGAGCCCGAGGUGACCCCCCAAGAGAAGUGGACCAGAGAGCUGGCCACCUGGAGGGCUGUGGCCGGGGAGCACGGUCGCAUGAUGCAGAGCUGGAGGAAGGUGUGGGAGAGCUGUAACAAGGACACCUUUUAGCCACCUGGGGGCAGUGCCGCCAAUGCCACCUGCCGCCUGCCACGCCCGUGGAGAGGCCCUGGGCCGCGGCUGUCGCCUUUCCUGUCCCUGCCGCGCGGGCACCGAGCGAAGAGCCCCGACUGGACGCGUGUGGCAGCAGCUGGGAUUCCUUUUGGACUAGGUGCUCACCUGUGACAGUUCUAUUGGCAGAAGCAGGAACCCAGGCCGGGAAAGGGCUGCCAAGAGAAACUGGUUAAGGCAGCAGCAUGUGGCCCGGCCGGCGUGGCUCAGUGGUUGAGAGUCAACCUAUGAACCAUGAGGUCACCGUUCGAUUCCCGGUCAGGGCACAUGCCCAGGUUACAGGCUUGAUCUCCAGUGUGGGGCCUGCAGGAGGCAGCCGAUCCAUGCUUCCCUCUCAUCAUUGGUGUUUCUCUCUCUCCCUCUCCCUUCCUCUCUGAAAUCCAUAAAAAAUAUAUAUUUUAGAACAAAGACAGUGGCCAGCAGCGUGUGAUGGUGCUCCCAGCACCCCCUCCCUCGUGACCUGAGUCACUGCACCUUACGCAGGUGGCCCGCAAGGACGCUGGCGGCAGCGCAGGCCCCUCCUGCCAGCUUCCCUGCUGUGACUGAGCCUGGGCCCCCUCCAGGGGGCGGGUCCCAUCACCGGCAGGAGCGCUGCAGGGGAAGGCGGCGGCCAAACAGGCCUUGACCUCAGCAAUGCCGAGGCCCCAUGGGCCGCCUGGGACUGAGGGCUGUGCGGUCCUCCCUGAGCUCGGGGUGCCCCCCCACCGAUUCCAUGCGGCUCUGCGUGCACGCGCCGCUCGCAGCCCGGCCGCGGGCACCCGGCUUGUGUGGGGCGUCCCCGGGCCCGUGUCCUUUCUGCAGGCGGAGACCCGGACGCUGUCCCACUGCUGUGAGUCCCGCUGCCUGCCGAGGCGGGAGCUCGGGUCCUCCCCGCGAGUGGGAAGGUGAGGGCCCGGCCGCGCUCAGCCUGUAACCACAGACUCCGGUGUGGAGUGACAGUUCUCACCGCAUGCCCGCCGGUCAGAAAACCAAGACCUGAAAACAAGCCCAACUGCUCUUCCCACCUUGGCAAGUGGCUGUGCCCUCAGCCUCGUGACCACCGCCUGUGCCCAGGCCCGCUUCCCCAAGCAGCUCGCAUCCUCGUCCACCGGUGCUGCCAGGGUCCCUGCGGGCGAGGCUGCGGGGACCGGACGGCUCAGCUGGGCUGGAGUCGCCUGGUCUCCGUCUGGCCAGCCGGCCAGGUGCCCAGCGCUCUGCAGCGCUCACGGCCCACACGGUGGAGAUUUUGAGGUGGUUCCCCUGGGCUGGGCUGGAAGGCCUGCCCUCUGCUCGGUGCUCCCCGCCUCUGGACAUAGGGCGCGCACGUUGGCGCUCAGCCAGCAGGCCCCUGGGUGCCGAGGCAUUGUGUUCUGUUGGAAAUGUGGGUUCGGACUCUGCACUGUCCUGUUGAACACAGCAACAGCGUCCACAUCUGCUCGGCGCAGGGGGUGCGGGGAGCCCCGCGGGUCUGCUCCCCAGCAGGCGGGCGCCGCGCAGCCACUGCACCUCCAUCUGCAGCACAGCCUCGGCCGGGAAAUGGCCGCCCCGCGGCCCUGGGCCUGCUCCGGCCUCCUUCCCCUCGGUUCGCUGGACGGGCGCCAAGGCCACUGCCCGCAGGGCUCGCCACACACGGCCUGCUCACCAGCACAGAUACUUUUGUCUUUUUAAGUUUUAACAAUGUCCCCUUCAAUUACAGUUAGCGUCACUAUUACGUUAGUCCCAGUGUACAGCACAGGGGUUGGACAUUUAUACACCUCG